AGUCGGCAGUCACUAGGCGAACUCUGACGCAUGCUGGAGUGAGGUUAAUGUGCACGUUUUUCGCGAAAUCGGGCUUGGAUAAUGAUUCCCCGGUUGAUCCCUCCGCAACUGACAUAUGACAUGCUUGCUGGAAAAGUAAUGUACACUUGGUGAGCUGAUGCCUCGAUGAAGAUCCGGCAAGAUGAACAACAGAAAGUCGCUUAACCUCGUUGACAUAGUCAUCGACGAAAUUGCCUUGGAGGGUUUGGAUGGAAUUACGCUAGAAGCAUUAUGGCAACGACUGGCUAUGAGGCUUGGCGAUUCGCUGCCUCUUAAAGAGGCUUUUAUGGACCAAAUUUGGGACAUUUGUUUAAUAAUAGAUAAUUUUGCAUACUAUGAACUGGAGACUCCCAGAGAAAAUCUUGUUAUAUUUGAUCGUUAUGAACUGGAAUAUCUGAAUAUCGAUUCGGAUAAAGAAUGCGAAUACAAAGAUAUUUACUUGCAUGAACCUAUUGAAGAUGUCAAACUUGGCAACAGAGGUUCUUGUUCAUCUUACAAUACUAGAAAAGACAUUUCUAGCGAAAUUAAAUCAUACACCUUAAAUGAAGUAAAUAAUAAAUAUGGACAGAAGCUAGUCAUUGUAGCUUCUCAAUCUUUGAGAGAAUAUGCAUUAAUGGGUGAUAACAUCAGCUCCACAACUCAUAUACCACUUGCCCAUUACUGUUUUUUAGAAAGAAUUGGUAGAGCCCGUACUAUAGGAGAGAUAACUCUCAAAAAAUCUUCCAACAUCAAAGAAGAUGCAAAGGCUCUCUUCUACAUUAGGAAAGUCCUACAAGAUCUUGGGCUGAUAAGAAAGCAAGUUUAUUAUCAAGCAAGUUGUGGAGCAAAUUAUAAUGGUCAGAACACAGGAACUCUGGUACAUCUGACUAGAUUUUUCAACACCAGAAAACCAAAAGUAAUAAUGUGGGCUGAGCAUCUGAUAAACUACCUCAAGUCUAAAGAGAACUAUGUAGCAGAAUAUAAUGAAGUUAAAAAUGAACUCAACCUGGAUUACACAAUCAAAAAGUUUUUCAAAGUUAACAUUUUGCAGAAGGUGUUUAGAACAGAUGUUAAAGUACCAUAUAGAUCGUAUUAUCCAAAUUCAGCUGCAAAAGAUUGGGCAACCAAGAGUAAUGCAUCUAAAGAGAGAAUAAUUAAACUUGUCACCUUGUCAGACCCCAACAUAGAAAUUAGUGAUCUUUGGAGGACUGAAGAGGUUCAAGAUGACGAUGAUGAUUUUCAACUAGAUAUACGUACUCAGCAGUUAAAUGUUCCGUUUCUCAAACAAAUCUACAAUGCUGUUGAAUCAAAGGAAUUCAAAGGUGCUAGUCAGUCAGAACUUGGGGCAGAAUUGGGAUACACUAAACUGAUCAGUCGAACAUUGGUUCGCAACUUAGUUAAAGCCCAAGUUGUUUCCACAUAUUUAGAUGAUAUUGGUAGGCAAAGAACAACGAAAUUUGUUUCUAGGAAAUUUGAUGGAAAGAGUUCUGUUAAAAAGCAAAUCGAGGAAGAAAUAUCAAAAAUCAAAGAAUACAAUCGCGCUAUGCAAAAUGAAAAUUCAAAAUCUGCGUCAAAUAGUGAUGCAGUUGAAAUGCAAGUUGUAGAGAAUGAAAACUUAAAUGUAGAACAAGUUGUACAGUCAAAAAAUGAUCAAGUUGCAGUUGCAGUGGAGAACCUUGUUGACAAGGAGCUUGAAACUAACUCCAAGAAUGAACAAUCGUUUGUAAAGGCCAACAACAUAUUAAGCAAGUAUAAAUUAUUUAGGAAUCAUAACCGAUAUCGCUAUACGUCUAAAUCAGAAACUGGAAACGUUGUUGAUAAUGAACCUAGCAGUAAUCAAUCAAGGGACAAGCAAGAUUCUGAAAACAAUGAAGAGAACAUUGUUGAUAGUGACUUCUAUAAAACCAUCGAAACUAAACUGAUUGUCCAAAAACCAGAAUGUAAGAAAAAGUCUCAAAAGCAUUCUGUCGUUGGUUUUAUGGAGAAUGUACAUAAUUCUGAUAAUAACAAACAAUCAAAUUUAUCAUAUAGAUUACUGCGAAGAGCUAAUUUGGUUAUUGAAAGUGUAAAACGACACAAAAUCAUUGAGGAUUCCCAAAAGUUGAUAAAGUUUAUAAAUAAAGAAGAGGAUAAGGAAGGUGUUGAUACCAAAAUUGAUAAAAAUUCGCUAAUGAGGCUUUUGCAAAAGCUGGCGGAGGACAACUUUAUAAAAUACAUAAAGCUAGUUUUGAAGUCCAAAGAUAGCUCAAAACAGAAAGUAAUAAAUUUCAUUUGUGAUCCAAGCGUGGCCGUAGACGAUUCUGUGAUUCUGUCUGCAGUUGAAAAAGCAAAACUAAGAUUUUGCAUGCUUGAGACUCAACCGGCACAGACUGAACCUUUUGAAAACAAUGAUAGCAGUAUGACUGAAGAUUCCAGUAUGAAAAUCUCUAGAAUAGAGGAAAAAAUGCCCCUUAUUAAAAAUAAUGAAAUAGGAAAGAAGCAUGGAUAUUGUCCUAAAUUUAUUCGUAUGAAAUGGAUGCACAUAUUUUUGUACCACUUGAUAUAUGAUCAUCCUGGACAUCAUAUAUCAAAGAACGUGUUUCUGGAAAAUAUGCGAAAAGAAGAGUAUCUGUCAGACGCACUUGACUUGAAUAUAGGCAACAUUUACACUUCGGAAAUCAGUUGGAAAAUGUUUAUUCCUGUCUUGCCGAAACAUACAGGCUAUCCACAAGGAUGGGCAUUAAUGAGCGACGUACUCUUGCGUAUGCCGCUUUCGAUCUUUGUCAAAGUGUACAACGUCAAUUACGAAGUACCAGGUCUGCAGGAACUGUUGGAUCAUCCGAUAAAGCAACAUAUUUUGAUGAAAGAUGUACCAGCAGGGAUUCUAAAUCUACUCUUCAUCAAACGCAAGUACAUGUUCAGUAUCCAUGAAAUUGUGACUCGACUCUGCUAUCUGGGACUCGUGCAAUUCGGUGCUCAAGUGCUCAAAGAGAAGGACCAGAUCUUUAUCUACCUGAAUAGGCACAGUGAGCUACUCGACACGACGUCCUCAGCUGCCGGCUACCAUCGUGUUGAAGACAAACCUUACCCUAUGACCAAGUACCACUUUACCACCAUGGACGUUGUAGAGAAUUAUUGGUACGAAAUGUGGAACACCUGUAUCAACACCUGUUUAGGCGGUAGAUCCGUUGUCGAAGGUAAAGACAUCUUGCUCGAGGACUUGAUGCGCAAAGUAGAGAUGAUUCAAGCGAGCAAGAUGCGGUCACCUGACGAAGCCAUCAAACUCGAUACAGGUUUCGUUCCCGGUGAUCGUAAGGGUGCUGCAGGAAUCGACUCGGCUUUCUUUGCACAUCUCAAGCGCAACUGGAAUUGGGUCAGUACUAAUAAUCUGAAGACUACCGAGAAAAAGCCCAACCGUCCAGUCGCUAAGCCCAAAAGCACUUGUAAAGUUUCGGCGAAACCCAUCUCUAAGCUCAUGGCUGCUAGAGGCUCAUUUCCGCCGAAGAAAAGAACUAGUCCUUUAAAACAGAACCAGACCAAGACCACUGCCACCAACAAAUCAUCCGAUGUAAAGGCUCCUCCAAAGCUAAAACGCGAAAAGGGCCAGCUCUUUCCGGUGAUUAGUUCUAGCAGACCGCCCAAGAUUAUUCGAAAGGUUUUACCUCGUAAGCCGAUGCGUAAACGAGUCAAAUACGACGAGAUCGACUUUAGUGCACUGCAACGCAUGGACAAGCUGCGCGUUGAUUGGGAACAGCACGAGGAUAACAUUCUGCUGGUCUGCAAGGUAGCGAUGGUCUACCUCUGUCCGAAUCCUAGACGAAACAUUGUCAGUUUCACAGCCAUCAGAGACAUACUGCGUUCAUAUUCCUUUAGCUCACACAACAAGACCUCGAGAGCAUGCCAGAGACGGCUGCUUUACAUGCUCAAACAACCCAAAACGGUCAACAGUGUAUUGCUCGGUGUAGAAGAGGUCAAACAAGAUUACUUUGUGAACAAGCGUUUCGGUCGUCACGUGGACAGUCCUAGAGGCGAUUCUAAAGAUGCAGCCGAGUACGAGCAGAGGAUCGAAAAGAUAUUCAAGGAACUAGUCACCUACAUAGCUAAAAAGUACUAUAACAUUUCGGACAUGGAGCGUAGAGAACCUGUGCCACUUCCCAAAACCAUUCAAGAAUUCAAUCUCUUUCACAAACUCAAGCUGCCCACUAAAAUAGUUGGUUCGCCUGGAGUUUCGACAGAGGUGCGCCAAGUCAAUGACAUACAUACUUGCACCAUCAAUUCAGUUAUUCACAGUUCCAUGUGCUGUGGCAAGGAAAGAAGAUCGUGGGCUUAUCAGCUGUUCAAGGUUUAUCAGCAAUAUCCCGAGUACCUGUUAAGAAGCGCUAUGUUCAAGAUUCGCGCUGAUCAGAUGGUGACAAUGAAAAAGAACUAUAUGUGUGCCCACAAGAAAUUUGGCAACUGUAUGCCGAUGAGCAGUUCCCAGUAUCAGUUGAGCUCAUCCUACUACUACAAAUUCCAGACCAAGUGGCCGUACCAAGUCUUCUCAGAGUCGUACAACGUAGUUUUCUCACUUUUGAAAAAUUAUGCUGCACGAGCACAAGAUGAAUCAAUCGAUUCUUUAGAGAUGAGACCUGGUCUAGGCGGUGUCGUGGCAGCAAUUCACGACUAUGCCAGCACGGAUCUAAUAGAUGUGGAUAUAGAAAUACCCGAUCAAAUCAUCAUGUUGGAUCCAGGAUUACCCGAGAAGGAUGAAGUUUAUCAGAGAAUUGCGUUGCGAUAUCAAACAAUUCUCGAUGGUUUGAAUUCCGAUUAUCUACACAACAAGGAGGCUGCCAACCUACAAACUAAUGUCUCGGCAAUACGAGCCGAUACGGAUCAAGUUGAGCCAGUUAGCGUAAUCGAGGAACAGCAGAGUUUUGUUCAGAUUCGUUCAGCGAAAAGAACGUUAGAACAAGAUAAUUGUCUUCCAGAAAACGCAAAGAAACAAAAGUUGGAUAGUGAAUCUGUGAUGAAAAAAAAUGACGAGAGUUACAAGUCUGAAAACGAAAAAAUUCAAUCUAAUGUUAGCGCUGCGUCUGAUAGUGUACAGUCCAAUACAAAUAGCAAAAAUGAACAAUCUAUAAAAAGAAAAAUUGAAUCUGUGAUAGAAAAUGUUAGUUCAAUCAUCGAACCUGUUAGAACAACUCUGCUAAUCAAUGCAACAGCCGAACCAUCGCCAGAUGAUUCUGACAAUGACCAGAAUAUGGAAGAUGUUGAGCUCGAUUCCGACGGCGACCAAAAUUCCGAAGAUAUCGAGCCCGAGGACAUCGAUAGUACUCAAUGUUUGGAGCAAACAGGGAAUCUGACAAGUGCGAACGACUUGAAAGAAUUCCCGUCUCGUUCAAAAAUCAGCGCAGGCAUUCGAGUUAGUAGUCUUCUAAAACGAACAGGUAACAGGGAAAUAGUCGAAGAUGCUGGAACGCGGACAGAGGUGCACGACGUACGGACUCGCCAAACCCGCAUAGCGAUGUUAAAGAUGCGCGAGGAACUGCACGAUCUUACUUUUCACGACAGUCAUCAUGCCCACGAGUACUUUGUUGUCAACUCGUUCAAACUCUUGUUCAAGCUCAUGGCUAGUCAAGAGGAUAAACAGAAUCUUGUUGAUUAUCGUGGAAUGGAUAUACCGAGCAAGCUUUUGCCAAUUGACGUCGAAGUCGCUAACCAAGUUCUUCAAAACGUCAAAAAACAUGCGAUAUUUCCGAAAAGCCCAGUCUCAUAUGAGGAUUUCAAAAAGGAGAUGCUGCAAGACAAGCUUUUUGUAUGGGAAGAUGUCAAUGCCGUUUGCAAAUACAUUCGAACCAAGACGGAGUUUGGCGCGACUCUGCACGAAUUAGUGACCGAAUUCAAAUAUUUCGACAAUAAGCUAGCCAAUAUUUUAUCUUUAUUAACUGAAAAGCGCAUUGUUUUACGAGCUGGCAUUGUAACGGUGCGUUAUAUUCAUUAUCGAUAUGUAAAUCCUUGGAUAAUACAUUCCUACAAGAUUCUUCGACUCGAAAAAGAAUCGCAUCAGACAGUACCGGAAGGAAGCGUUUACGUCUUAGAUAAUGACGAGGGUGCUGAUGAUAGGGAUAAAGAGGGAAAAAGAGUUACUACGGCAGCAAAUUUAUUUUACAAUUCAUCUAAUAUAUCUGCGACUAAUGUAGAUAUGGGAAGUGAAACUUCUGAGAAUAGACCAACUGAAGACUCGACAGUGUCUGAAAAUUCAAAAGUGGUUGAAAAUGUAGAUGUACAGAUGGAUGAAGAAAAAAACGUCAAUAACGACAUUCCACACGAAUCUAGUAAUGUGGAAGUAAAUAAUUCUCAAGAGCAGCAGACUGAAAACGCUGAAGAGGUAAACGAAGAGCCAACCAAUCAAAAAAGAUUGCGGCGAAACAGGACUGUUCUUUUAAAACAAAAGGAUAUUUACAGAGCUGCGAAAUUAUUAGAUUUUAACACUGCAGAAGAAAUUAAGGUAGUAAUUAAGCCAUGGAUAAGAAUUGACGGGGUUGUAAAUAGACGAGUACUAGAUCGCAUGCUGGGAGCAGUAUUAUGUUAUUGUAUAGAGAAGCCAGGUACAACUCUUACUUUGGUACAGAAUAGAUUUACACCAGCUAUACAACCUUAUCAUACCAGAGAAUUGAUCGAGAUUUUAGUUAAGCUCGGUUGUGUCAAAACUAUGGUACAGAAAAUGCCCAAGGUCACCCUGUUUUCUCAACCAGCAAAACUUGAUUUCAGUGGUAAUCCUGAUUUGGUUGCUGAUAGUGACACGAUUGUUAUUGAGGCUACAGUGCAAGCAACACUAAGAUUUGGCAUGUUUUUAAGUAAUAGAUCUUACAGCUUAGAUUUUUUAUCUUCAUUGUAAAAAAAAUCUCUGUGUAAUUUUAAAGUAAAUUUUUUUUAAUUUUCAAGUAUAAAACUUGAACUAAGUCAAUAGAUAAAUGGAAUUUUCGAUCUUAUGUAAAGUUCUUUUUCGACUAUAAAUUUUAUUCUUUUAUAAAUAAAACUGUGAGAAAAUCA